AUGUAAUUAAUUAUGCUAAUGCAACCACUUUUUAUGAUAAUUGAAAAUGGAUUAGAAGAGUGGAAUCCUGAUUAUUCUUUUUUGCAUCUAAUUACCUUAUUAAUAUUCAGAUAAGACGUGCUCCUUUUAGAUUAUGACAUUGCAUUUACGAGAGUAUAUUUAGUAGUUUUGGUGACAUUUACAAUUCAAAAAGCAUGGUAAUUUACCAUUACUUACAUGCUAUAUCGAAUAAAGGAACGUGAGCGGUAAUUUUAGAAGAUGGAAGAGUGUUCUCCUUUGAGAAUUUCAUUGAUGAUAUUGGCGAUAUAUACAUAAUUUUCAAUGACAAUAUUGCACUUGAUAUUUUCAACCCUUUGUAUAAUUAGCUUUGCUUUUUGUAUUUAAGAUGGAUAGGAAUACGUUCAUCUAAUUUUAUCCUUACUGACAUAUAUUCUUUGGUAGGCUGAUUAUUUAAUUACAUAUACUAUCUCCAGUACAUCUCUAACCUUUAAGCACAAUUAUUUGGAUGUCUCAUAAACUACCCUAUUCACUUAUCUAGCCUAUCUUUUCCAGUAAUUGCAAAUUAUAAUCUAUUGUAUUUUACAGAACCAAAGCAGUGUGAGGUUGUGCAACAUUGUACUGUUAUUAUUGGAAGUGCUGUCAUCCUUAGUAAAUUAAUUUUUAUUUUAAACCUACAUCUUCAAAGAAUCACGCCAAGUAUUAUAUUUCACUUGUUCCCUCAAAUUUGUUCUAAGCUUUUACUAUUUAGGUAGAUCAAUCGAAUCAAAGUAAAUGUUUGAAUAUUUGAUAAUUCCAUUGUUGUUGCUCCCAAUAAUGUAUUACGGAUUAAUCUCAGUUGAUACUAAACUUCAUUAUGAGGCCUUUGUAAAUAUCUUCAAAGAAGAACCAAAUCUCAAUAAACUUGUCUAUCAAUUGAAACUUAUCCUGAAUCAAUGUGAUAUUGAGAAAUAAAUGAUUCCCCUAAAAUCAUCCUUAAUCAAUAAAUCGCAUCGGAAGAUAUGUCAUAAUCCAUCAUGCAUAUGUUCAAAUAAAAUAUUCAUCUCUGAAAUUUCAUAGGCAAAUGCCAUAACCUAAGCUAUUUUAAAGUAAUUUAUUUUUAACAAAAUUUCAUUCAUAUUAUAUUCUAAAGAAGCCUAGAAAAGUCAUUAGUACAAUUAAUUAAUAGUUGUACAAACCUUAUUGCUAUAUGACUUUGGUUGGCUAACGGAUUCCAUUAAAAAUCUAACUUAACUAUUGAAUUGCCAAACAAAUAAUCAGAACUUCGUUAUUAGAAAGGAAAUAUAAAAAAAAAUUGCUUAUGAUGAAUCUUGUAAUGAAACAUCAACAAAGAAAGAUAAAUCUGAUGAACAUUAAACAUAAUUUAUUAGAUUGAAAAUCCAGAUCAGUUUAAUUGAUUAAUGCAGAAUAAACUAUAUUCUGUAUUUAGCCAAGUCUAAACUAAAAUCUUAUCUUGGUACCUCAAUGCAUGCUUAUUAAUAACUAAUGGUAACAGAUUUUAUUCAAUCGUUCCUCACUUAUGAUUAAUCUCUCAAAUAAAUACAGUAAUAGACUGUGGAAGCUAUUAAUGAUAAAAUCGAGUUUUAUUACAAAAUAAUAAAGGAUGAGAAGUAAAAUUUAAAUUUAUUGGGAAAGUGUACCAAAGAAAUAUGCUUUAAGCUUAAUAAAUUGAAGAAACUACUUAAAUAAAUAUAUGCAGCAUACCCGUGUUCCAGUAUCUAAAGAUGUAUAUGUUUUUUUCAAUGCGAAUUAUUAAACAAUUAUUACGAAGCUAAUAAAACAUCAACACUUACGUCGAUGCAGGAUGACAAAAUGUUUAGGAAUAAGAAAAUCACUAAUUAUGAUAUUUAAGUUGAUCAAACCGCCUAUGCCAUACUCUCCAUCAAGGGAGAAUUAGAUGAUUUCCAUAUAGAAUAGGUGUCCUCAUACUUUUUGAAAUUGAUUGGCAAAGCCUCAAGUAAGGAUAUCCAUUUUUUUUAACUAUUACCUCGUUUUAUGAAGAAUUGGCAUCCCUCAUUCAUUCAUAAUUUCUUUAAUGAUGGAUAAUCCAGAUAUUAUAAGAGUUUCAAUCAAAGCUUUAUUUCCACAAAUACUGGAUUACUUAAGACUGUUUAUUUAUGCUAUGAUAUCACUAAGAUUUUAUCGAAUCAAAACCUUGUAUUCGCAGCUUUUCUAUAAGAAUUACCUGAUUAGAAGUGUUUUUUAUUAUCAUAUGGAACGAAUUAGAGAUUGACAUUUUCUGAGAACUUCUUUAAAAAGAUAGGAUUUCAUCAAAAACUAAUCCUUGGACUCCCUCAAGUAUUGACAAUAGUUAAUGGACUCUAUUUAUAAUACUUAAUACCUUCAUUUCCAUAAGGAGAUGUAGAGAGUGAUACAUUUUAAUUAAAUACUGAGAUGAGAUUUUUGGAUGACAAGCAUUUGAAAGAGGUAUAAAAUGAGGGAGUUGAUUUGGGAAUGUACAUUUUGGAUCCAAAAUAAUGGUAAAAGGAAGAUUAAGUUUAAUUUUAUUCUGUCUCCAUUAUUGUAACUAAACGUUAUGUGGCUUAAUAAUCAUACUUAUUAAUUGAAUUUUCAACUAUUUCGAAAAUAACUAAAAACCCAACUGAAAAUUCCAAAUUCUAAACUAUAUAAAAUAAUGACAUAACAUCACUGUAAUCCUAAGAAGCUGAAUUCAUUAAUGAUAGUUUUGCAUCACUGAUGAACUUGAGUGAUGAAGCUGAACCAAAAAAAGUUAACAUUUUUGAUGUCAGAAUGAAAGAGUUUCUAUAGAAUGAAUUACAAGAGGAGGAUGCUGCAAAUAUAGUGUCAUACAGGAAAGAUGAAUUUCAGAAUAAUGUAUUUCCAUAGAGUCAUAGAUUACUGCUUUCAGAGAGGAAAAAAGAAAUUUAAUAGGAAUUUUUUAAUAUAGAAUAGAUGCGUAUGGACUCAAUAAAACAAUCCUCAAUUUAUGAAUCACAUAAGUAGAUACCAGCUGAACAUAAUGUUAUUGAUGAGAUUUAAUCGUAGUAAUCUUCUGUAGGAGGAGUAAAAGAAUCUUAAUUGUUUAAGAAAUUCGAAAUGAUUGAGAAGAUAAUCAAGAAAAAGAAAUUUGAUAAAAUGUCAGUAUAUCUCAUAUUACUUUUACUACAAACAGCUUUCUUUAUUUCGUUUGCAUUAAUUGUAAUAACUUUGAUAUCAUCGGAAUUGCUGAUGUUUAUUCAAGAGAUAGAUAUGAUAUCAUUGCAUGCCAGUAUUAUGGCACCUCAUGAUUUGUAUCUAUCCAUUAAAGUAACAAUAUCAGCAUAUUAGCAAUAAUAUCGAGAAAAGUAUAUAGAUAAUGCAACCUUAUAUAAAUUGAUAGAUCCGUUGUAUUAAUUCAAUGCUCCUUAUUACUUUGAUUUGCAAAAUAAUUUAUUUGAUGUGUUACAGAAUGAGCAUUUAUAAGCAUUCUUUACGGAUCAAUAGGCUACAGUCUAUUUCAUGGGGAAUAAUGAUUCUGUGACAUAUUCAAAGGAAUUGUCAUUUAGAGAGGAAUUGCUAGCAAUAUUGCAUGCUCAGUAUCAAUUCAAACGAGUGUUUGAUGCUCGUAAGAAUGCGAAUGGUUAGGCUUGUCAAGUAUUGCAAUUUGCAAAUUACUUUAAUUUGUAGGAUAAAUUAGAAGAAUUGACAAAUUAGAUUUUGGAAUACUCAAAAAACAGAAGUACAGCUGCUGCAGAUUAAUGGUUUGUUAUAUGGUUAAUUUAUUAAUUGAUUGCUGUUUGUAUUGGACUCAUUACUCUAUUUUAUAAGAGGAGCAUAUUAAAAACUUAUGAGAAAUUGUUAAGUUUGUUUUACUUUUCAGACAAAAACUCGUUAGAAUAGGAAAUAUAGAAAUUAAAACAUCUGAAUACUUUGAUUUAGUAGAAUUAGGAUUUGUUAUCAAAAUAUGAUUUUAAUUUUAGAGAAAGAGAAGAAUUGGUAAAUAGAAAGAAGAAAGAAAGCCAAUCAAUAAAAUAAGAGAAACCGAAAAAGAAAGGUGAGCAAAAGUUGUAAAAAAUUAUUCCAAUAAUAGCCUUUUUUUGCAUUUAUAUCUACUUUUUAGUAUAUUCAGUUAUAAUUCAUGAAGAAACCAAGAACUAUUUGACAAAGUAUAAAUAGACAACUGAUUUUUAUCGAUUAGUUCAAGACCUUAGAUUUAGGAGUGGAAACAUUUAUGUCUACAGAGAAAUCUUUUUCAGAUGGUCCAAUUUUACAUAUCUCAAUGCAUCAGAUUUAGAUCGUUUAUAUGGUUUAGUUGAGAAAUCAUAGAAUGUAAUGUAAGUGUAUGUCAAUGGCUUAUAACACUAACAAAAUGAUGAAUAUCUAUUCUCAGAUAGCUAUGUUGACUUUGUAAGUUAAGUAGAGAAUUCAAACCUUUGUAACUUCAUAAAUUCAAAGUACCUGAAUCUUACUCCAUAUUGCGAAUCAGCCUUGGAUGGAGUAUUAAUGAAGGGAAUGAUACCUAGUUUGAAUUACAUUUCUCAAUCCAUUCGUAGUUAAUAGGAGAUCAACAACUUCACUAAGAGAGCAGAAGUCCAUUUUUAUGAAUUGGAAGGAGCUCAGGUCAUUUGUUUAGCCUUUUAGAAUGUAUCGGAAUAGUUAAAAUAAGGUAUGAUUGAACUGACACAUACUUUUAAUCAAACGAAUGAGAUCCUGUCUUAUUUAUUUUUCCUAUCUUAAUUGUUGUUUUCAAUUGUUUUUGUGACCUGUUUCAGAAAACUUUUGAUCUCAGAAUUCACUAUGUAUAAGAAAUCUCUGCAAUUGAUUCCCAUUCAAGUGUUGUUAGGUGAUGAUUCUUUAGAAAGAGCUUUACGUCAAUUUGAAUUUACAGAAAAAAUAUGA